AUGGCGUUGAAGCGCCACGCUCAUAGCGUGAUCGCUGGUCCUUCAGCUUGCAGAACUGAGAUAGGCGACCUCAGCUCAGAACUGCUCGGUAUCAUCUUUCACAAGUUUGGCCCCAGCCCUGUCCACUUGGCAGCGCUUCCCCGUGUGUGCAAAGCUUGGCGCACCGUCAUGCAAGAGGUCACUUAUCAGCAGCUCUGUCUAGAAAUCGCCCCUGGUCUGUGUGAGAAGAUGGGGUGUGACGUGACCAGUCAACCCCCAGGGGGUUGGUUGGCUCUCUUCAAACUGCUGCUGUAUUGCCCAGGCAUGCAGGGCCUUCCAACAUCGUAUAUCAACUGGGACGGGGAUUAUGGAAGCUGCCUGGACUUGUUGGGGCAUGUGCAAGAAGAAGCGUGUGGCUUCCAAACGGGACCUUAUGUUACAAGGGACUUGCUGCUGAAGAAGCCGUUCCAACGGGACUGCCUCUUUGUUACGGAACUGUGUCAGCACGCUUGGCUUGAUGAAGAUAUGAGACUCGCCGUGUGCGCCUGUCGGGGCCUUGUGCAGAACUUCCCUGUUUCAGCCAUCGCAAGAGAGUCAGGGGCAAGCAAGUACGCAGAGGCAUCCUUUGAAGAACAGCAGCUGAUGCGGGGGACGGCCAAUGAUCCUUGUACAUUUUGUGGGGCGCCCGUGUUUGAGCUGCGGGAGGAUGUCUUCUUUGACAUCCAAGAGAGCUUUCGUUCGUGGUGGCAGAAACUGUUUGAUAGAUGUAUUCCAGACUGGUUCGAUGUGACAGGACAGGUGUGUGGGAAUGGGCAUCUGACAUUCGAAGUCUUUGGCAACUGGGAUGAGGCUUCGUUCCUUGAUGGCACGCCAAUGGCUGGGUCUGGGAAGGGUCUUCAGGUAGAAACCUGUGAACUCCUGCAACGAGUGUGCGAGGAGCUUGAUCCAAAGGAACACGACUUCUGCGAGCUUACUUUUUGGAGGGACUUGAACCCGUACACACUCUCUCAGAAACUGGGACGCCUAGCUAAUGAGAUUGGAAUGUUUGUUAUUGAUGAGGAGGAUGAAGAAGGGCGCGAGUUAGUCUGCUUUUUAAGGCACUUGCAUACAAUAUCUGAUUUCGUGGAAGUGAUACCUAAGUUAGAGAGACGCAUGGACGAUCUUAAGCAAAUGUACGAGGACAGUUUCCAGGAGGAUUACGAGGACAGCUCUGAGGAUUCUGAGAGUUCCAACGAAGGCGACGGUGCCAACUCUGCAGAUUCAGAGAGCGGUUCUGCAGCAGAUGAGGAGAUCAAGGAAGAGCCUCCUUUCUGGAGCGUUCCAUUUGACGACCUUGAGGUUGUGAAGAGCUUCCAGAACGAGUCGUUGGCAUUAAACGCUGCGCAGAUGGUGUAUACUUACCUCAGCAAUGACAAGCCAAACCCGAGUGCUCGGAUGGUUGUCAGGACGAGUAAGAACAUGGACCAUCAGUUAGUUCUUCGAACCGAAGCAGUGCGCAAGCUUGAGGAGAUGAAGCAGGAGCGAAAGGCGGAGAUCGAGGCGGCUCUGACGGCUGCCGGCGUAGAGAAACGUGGUGGUGAAUGGCCUCUCCCUGACGCAGUUCAGAGCUACAUCAAGGAUCCGAACGUGUUGCUGAACGAAGCCGUCGAUCGCCAGCGGCAGUGCUUUCUAGAAGCAGAAGAGAAGAAGGCUGCAGAGCAAGAGAAGAAGGCUGCAGAGCGAGCGCAACGGGAAAGAGACACCGCCAUGCGAAGGGCAGAGCAAGAAACGAAGGCUGCAGAGCGGAAGGCUUGGCGGGAACGAAAGAAAGCGGCGGAACGCGACUUCAGGGCGUCCUAGGGGAUCACGGUCUGCCGAGGCACGUCCGAUGGGAAGAGCUGCAAUAAUCUUGGCUCGGAAGCCUGUGUCCUUUCAGCUUGUGGUAGUUGUUGUCGUACAUACACGAUGGGC